AUGGUGAAGAAGAAGAGAAGAAAAAAGAAACUGCAAACAAACAACAAUAACAGGGGAAGAAUGAUAUGUGUUCCUUCGCCGAUUUGUCCUCUCCUGCCUGUCCGAUGUGUGUUACCAUUGAAAUCCGCGACAAAAAUCAGCGCAAUGAAAGCAAUGAAAAUGUCCAUCAUCAUUAGUAUCGUCUGUAGCCAUCUCCACGUGUGCGCCCACAUACGUUCGUCAUCCCAUAUCUUCUCGUUUCCACAAGUGGUGACUGACAUCGUCUUGCUUGAGUGA